AUGGCGUUCGAGACGGAAACCCGCCCCCUCCCGCCGGACCUGUUCGACACGACGACGAUUGCCUCGCUGCUGUCCACCGUGGCCAUCGUCGCCGCCGCCUACGCCGUCUCGCGCCGGGCCCUCGCGCCGCGCUCCACGCCGCCCGCCCUGCGCUUCCUCUUCAUCUGGCACCUGGCCGACGCGCUGUGCCACUUUGUCCUCGAGGGCAGCUUCCUCUACCACUGCUUCUUCUCCUACCUCGAGCCCCGCCCCGGCUCCGACGCCGCCAGCCUGUUCCCCACGCCCUACAACUUCCUCGGCCACGAGGGCCGCCGCGCCUACGGGCCCCAGGCCGCCCCCGACAACCCCUUUGCCCAGCUGUGGAUGGUCUACGCCCGCGCCGACAGGAGAUGGGCCGGCGCCGACCUGGGCGUCAUCAGCCUCGAGCUCCUCACCGUCUUCUUCGAUGGCCCGCUGGCCUGCUACAUCUGCUACCUCAUUGCCCGCAAGGAUCCCAAGGCGAGCAUCUGGAUGAUUGUGCUGGCCACGUGCGAGCUAUACGGCGGCUUUAUGACGUUUUGCCCCGAAUGGCUCACCGGCAACAUCAACCUCGACGGCAGCAACUUCAUGUACAUGUGGGUGUAUCUCGUCUUCUUCAACAUGCUUUGGGUAUUUAUCCCCCUCUACGCCAUUUGGUACUCGUUCAACGACGUAUCAAGCGCCUUUGCGGUACGAGCCGCCAAGAAAGACCUCUAG